CCUUUUACAGUCCUUCCACCAAGCUCUUCAAACAAAAUAUGACUAAAGCCUUGUCAUUCAUUAGUGGAAUCCACGCUGAUCCUGGUGUUGAGCAAACACCCUCAUCUUGAGAUUAUGUGUUGACGUCCGAUGACGAGCACAUCCUCGCUGAGGUCCCAAGUCAUCUUUGGUCUGCGGGUCCUUCUGACGUUGGUUUAGUGAAAGGUGCGCUUCCUGUUGUCAUAAGACCUAAAACUGAAUACCGCCCUUGUGUGAGGCAGUAUCCUUUAAAACCUGAUGCCUUACAGGGUAUAGCACCUGUUAUUUCUGAUUUAUUAAAAGCAGGUGUCAUCGUUCCUUGCCCGGAUUCUCCUUGCAAUACCCCAAUUUUCCCUGUAAAGAAGGCACCCCCUUCUGUGGGGUGGAGAAUGGUGCAAGACUUGCAAGCUGUAAACAAUGCUGUUAUUCAGAGAGCACCUUGUGUCCCUGACCCGCAUACUUUGUUGAAUUCAUUGACACCUGAUGCGAAAAUCUUCACAGUGAUUGACAUUAGCAAUGCUUUUUUCUCUGUCCCUAUUGCAAAAGAGAGUCAGUUUUGGUUUGCGUUUACAUAUGCUGGCUCAAGGUACACCUUUUCAAGGUUACCACAAGGGUACUGUGAAAGCCCGACAAUUUACUCCCAGGUGAUGGCAGCCAGCAUGGCUAAAUUUGUCCCGCCAAUGGGAAGUCAGAUCUUGCUUUAUGUUGAUGACAUUUUGAUAGCGUCUCCUGAUUUUGCCUCUUGCCAAAAAGACACGCUUGCAGUGCUGCAUCACUUGGCAAGUGAAGGCCACAAGGUCAGCAAGAACAAGCUUCAACUGUGGUCUGCUGAAAUUAAGUAUCUAGGCCACAAUCUAAGUUCCCAAGGUCGAUCCAUAAUUGAAAGCAGAAAAGCCUCUAUUUUACAAGCUCCUAAGCCACUAACAAAGAAGCAAAUGAUGUCUUUUUUGGGUCUCACAGGUUAUUGUAGAAACUGGAUACUUGAUUAUGCCCAAAUUGUUGCUCCUCUGUCCAAAUUGAUGUAUGUGGAAGACAUCUCAAUGUCCGCUCACUUAAAAUGGACUCCUGAAGCCGAGGAUGCUUUUGUUUUGAUCAAACAGGCUUUGGUCUCCAGCUCCACUCUAGCCUUACCCAACUAUGAUAAGGUGUUUGUCCAGACUGUUGACUGCAAAGGUCAUUACAUGACCUCUGUUUUGCUCCAAUCACAUGGCUCAAAAUUGCGUCCUAUUGCUUUUUAUUCCUCUAAACUGGACAGUGUUGCAUGUGCUCUCCCACCAUGCGUGAGGGCCGUGGUGGCAGCCUCCAUGGCUGUGGAGAGCAGUGCUGGUGUUGUGUUAUUUCAUCCUUUAACACUGAAAGUUCCUCAUGCUGUCUCGGCUCUUCUGCUACAGACUAAUAUGACCUUUCUGUCGCCUGCGCGUCAUCUUUCUUGCAUGGCUACGUUGCUGUCUCAGCCGCAUCUGACCGUUGAAAGAUGCACGACACUCAAUCCUGCCACUCUCAUUCCCCUUCCUGACGAUGGCGAAUUCCAUGAUUGUGUCGAUGCUGCCCAACAGAUUGCAAAGGCUCGGCCUGAUUUGGAAGAUACGCCUCUGCCAGAUGGUCAUGUGGUUUUUGUUGAUGGGUCUUCUAAGAAGAAUGAAUCUGGUGUGACCCUUACUGGGUAUGCCAUUGUUACUGCCGACGUGGUUUUGGAGGCUGCUAAACUGCCAUCCAAUAUGUCGGCACAGGCCGCUGAGCUCAUUGCUUUGACUGGGGCCUGCAAAUUGUUUGCAAACAAGUCCGUCACUAUCUGGACUGAUAGUCAGUAUGCUUUUGCUACAGUGCAUGUUUUUGCUCAGCAGUGGAGCAACCGUGGCAUGAUAACUUCUACAGGGAAGCCCGUCUCCCAUUCCGCUAUACUAACUCAACUUUUGGAUGCUGUCCAGCUGCCUUUAAAGGUAGCGGUUUGCAAGUGUGCUGCUCACACUGCGGGCUCUGAUCCUGUUUCUCUCGGUAAUGCUUUUGCUGACAAAUCCGCUAAGGCCGCUGCGGAAGGCCUGCUUCAUGUCCUCUCGUCUCUCACGGCUCAUGAUUCAAUGUCACACAUCUCCCCUGAUGUGUUGCUUGACAUGCAGUCUCAGAGCCCCUCCCAGGAACGACUCUCUUGGGAAAAGCGGGGUGCAACUAAAAACACCGAUGGUCUUUUUGUGUGACCUUUGGGCAAACCUGUCUUGCCUCGUAGCUUGUUCAAAUGGGCUGCUAUUUCAAGUCACGGGGUCACCCAUGUCUCGGCGGGAGGUAUGGUGAAACAAGUCGAGGCUAUUUAUGCAACAUACGGCUUUGCCGCUUUUUCACAACGAUUUUGCAGAGCGUGUUUGAUCUGUGCUAAACAUAACCCACAAGGCAAUUUAAGACCUCAGAGAGGGAAAUUCCCGACUCCAUUGUACCCGUUUCAGACAAUACAUAUGGAUUAUAUCCAAUUACAUAAAUGUGAAGGGAAAGAAUAUUGAUUGGUCAUAAUAGACGCAUUUUCUAAAUGGGUAGAAAUAUUUCCUACCAAACAUGCAGAUGCACUCACAGUGGCAAAAGCCUUAUGCAAAGACAUCAUUCCAAGGUACGGUAUUCCAGAAACAAUUUAUAGCGACAAUGGUCCACAUUUUGUAAAUCAAAUAGUGCAUAACAUUGGGAGAAUGUUCCACAUAAAUGUAAAGAACCAUUGUUCAUACAGACCGCAAUCCGCUGGCCUGGUUGAGAGAGCGAACCAGUCUAUAAAAAACAGAUUAAAGAAAUGUAUGGAAGAAACAAAACGACCAAGGACUCAGUGUUUAGACCUGGUUAAAAUGUACAUAAAUAUUACAAGUACAACAGGGCUAACUCCUUAUGAAACUAUGUUUGGGAGACCUUACAGGCUUCCUCAGUUCAAAAACACAUGGGAGAUCCCCGAGGAAGCCACGUUAGCUGAUUACAUGAGAAAAAUGUUAGAACGUCAAAAGAAUCUAACCAAUAACACUGAUGAUGAACCCAUUUCUCUGCAGGAAGACCCCAAAGUGGUACCGGGAGACUGGGUUUUGAUCAGGAGUAUCAAGAGGAAGAAUUGGCAUUCACCCAAGUGGGAAGGUCCCUUUUUGGUACUACUCACGACACCUAAUGCUUUAAAAAUAGCCGAACGCAACACGUGGAUUCAUUUAACUCAUUGUAGCAAAAGUGAUCUCCGCAGACCCAACCUAAGUACGGAAGGUGAGCAAAGUCUGGUAAUAGUGCCUGAUUCUGGUGUCAAGAUCCAGGGUUGACACGAAAGCUAGCAGAAGAAUUCCAAGACACCAACCCGAAGCUCAGGGUGUUGACUCUGGGGAGAUCCAAAACAUGAGCAUUAGAGAGUCAUUUGAAUGCUUGCUGUUUCGCCUUGCAGACGUCCACCAGUCCACAACAAGUCAUACGAUGCUGUCUGGGGCUUCCUGACCUUCUACACCUCUGGGAAUCCAAGAAAGUUGCUGAUAGCUCAAUCUACUCUGUUGAUGUCUGCACAUGGCAUUCUGUCCUUGCACUCCUUUCCCAUGGCGUCCUGUCUGUAACUACUUGUUUAUGUCCUUGCGCUCCUUUAUUUUCUCAUGACGUCUUGUGAGCACUUGUUUUACAUAGACAUAGCAUUUUGUCCUUGCGCUCUUUUUAUUUCUCAUGAGACUAGGCCAUGCUUUCCCCCCCACCUGUAAGGGGCUGGUCUCACAUUGUAGAUAGGGCAUCCCUUAAUAAAAAGAGCGAGGGGUGUGACAGACCUUUAGUGUAUUCUGGAC